AUGACGAGAUAUCUUAACAAUGAUCAGUUACUAAUCCACUGCUUUCAAGAUAGUCUGGUUGGAGCGGCGUCUAAGUGGUACAAUCAACUGAGCCGAGCCAAGAUUAACUCAUGGAAAGACCUGGCUCAGGCCUUUAUGAAGCAAUACAAUCAUGUGACGGACAUGACCCCCGACAGGAUCACUCUCCAGAAUAUGGAGAAAAAGUCAAAUGAAAGCUUCAGACAGAAUACACGAAGGUGGAGAGAGGUGGCCAUACAAGUUCAGCCGCCACUUCUAGAAAAAGAGACAACAAUGCUCUUUAUUAACACCUUGAAAGCCCCUUUUAUCACUCAUAUGUUGGGAAGCGCCACCAAGAGCUUCUCUGACAUAGUGAUGAUGGGAGAAAUGAUCGAAAACGCUGUAAAGAGCGGCAAGAUAGAAUCGGGAGAGAGUGCUAGGAAGUCAGCCCCGAGGAAAAAGGACAAUGAAGUGAACAACACGAGCACAUUCAACAAGGGGCAGCCCAAAUCAUUUACCGUAAAUCAACCCAAAACGAUUACCACCAAUCAAAAAAGCCCUGCAAGACAAGAAUCCAAUGCAAGGAAGAACACAGAAAGGCCACAAUUCACCCCUAUACUAAUGACGUAUAGGGAGUUGUACCAGAACCUGUUCAACACUCAUGUGGUAUCACCUUUCUACCUUGAGCUAGUGCAGCCCCCGUAUCCUAAAUGGUAUGACACAAACUCCCAAUGUGAAUACCACGCAGGUAUUACUGGGCAUUCAAUCAAAAAUUGCAUUGCGUUCAAGAAAGUGGUCGAAAGACUUAUUAAGGUGGGAAUCGUAAGAUUUGAUGACCCAGCUACGCCCAACGUAGCAGGAAACCUACUCCCCAAUCACAUCGACCAAGGAGUGAACAUGAUAAUCGAAGGCAAAAAUAAGAAGAUUAAGUGUGAGGUUGCAAAAAUCAGGACUCCGUUGAGACAAGUGUGGAGGGAGAUGGUCAAGAGAGGUUUGAUCGCGUUGGAUUUGGGAAGAGAAUCCAAAGAAGAGAGGAACUACUGCGAGUUCCACAACGAGGUGGGGCAUGAAAUCCAAGAGUGUGUCAAGUUCAGGGCCCUAGUGCGGAACAUGAUAAACAAUAAGGAAAUGGAAUUCUAUGAAGAGACUAAAAACCCUGUAGAGGGAGAUAUAUGUGCGUCGGAGGGAGAGUCGAUGGCACAAAAUCAAACAGUUAACUACCCCGUGGUUAUCAUAUUGAGACCCAAAAAUAAUGAAGCUAGAGUUCAACUACCACUAAGGGAAAACCUGGUUGACAUUUUAAAAAAGGACCAAGAUAGAGGCUCUUAUACACGUAGUGGAAGACAUUACGAUGCAGCGAGCGAGAAGGCACAACCCGUAAAAGGAAAAGCCCUAGUGGUCGAAGGGGUGAAGGAAAAAGCGACCAAAUCUGAACUUCCUGUCGAUGAGCUAGUUAACGAAGAAGAGGCUAAGGAGUUUUUAAAAUUCCUAAAGCAUAGUGAAUACAGCGUGGUAGAACAGCUACGUAAACAACCAGCUCGUAUCUCAGUACUGGCUUUACUUCUAAGCUCGUUAGUUCAUCGCAGCGCGCUAAUGAAGGUCUUGAAUGAAACAUAUGUUGUCAAUGAUAUCUUCGUUAACAAACUGGAUCGUCUGGUUAGUAACAUAAGUACCGACAACUAUAUCUUCUUGAAUGACGAUGAGAUACCACCCGGUGGCAUGGGGUCGACUAAAACACUAUUACCUGUAGACAGCUCUCACAUGAAAGAGUGCCAGAACAUAGUGAAAGCAUUUGACGGCACGGAGAGAAAGGUGAUGGACGAAAUUGAGUUGAAGCUGGUAUCAGAGGGGAGGUUGAUAACGAUCUAUGCUGAAGAGGAUAUUAUUGCAACUGUGAGCAAUAAUGCGCCCUAUUUGGAGACAGAUGAUGAAGUAAUCGAAUGUUCAUUUCGAUCUUUAGAAUUUGUUAAUGCAACCUUCAUCGCCGAGGGAAGCAAGAUUCUGGUGCCAAAAUUGUUUAAAACCACGAGAAUGAGCCUCCAGUUGACGAUUGGAAAAGGAGCCCUACCCGGAAGAGGACUUGGGAGAUAUCUACAAGGAAAGGUUGAAACGCCAAUGCUGAAGGACAAGAGAGACCGCUUCGGCUUAGGAUUCAAGCGAGAUGCGAAAUAA